UGAGCCAGGUACCUCAUGCUGUGGGUGUUUCAUGCAGACAAGCCCAGCAGCCUGCAGGAAAGAGGCCCGAGGGAGCUGUUCACUCUGGAGCGUAAUGGUGGGCAUCCGGGUGGGCAACCCCGAGGGACCUAUAGCUCCGUUGCCUCGGCGGGGAGACGGCAAUGGGGAGCCGCGGAGGAGCCACCUGCCUCCUUCCUUGGGCUGCGACCUCAGGGCGGGUCUCAGAGGCGGCGUUUCCUGCGGCCUUUUGCGUCAAAGAUGGCGGGUGGCGUGGACGGCCCCAUAGGGAUCCCGUUCCCCGAUCACAGCAGCGACAUCCUUAGCAGCCUGAAUGAGCAGAGAAACAAUGGGCUGUUGUGUGACGUGGUCAUCUUGGUGGAAGGCCAGGAGUUCCCCACCCACCGCUCCGUCCUGGCAGCGUGCAGCCAGUACUUCAAGAAGCUCUUCACCUCAGGGUUAGUGGUGGACCAGCAAAACGUGUAUGAGAUAGACUUUGUUAGUGCGGACGCCUUGUCGGCUCUGCUGGAGUUCGCUUACACCGCGACCCUUACCGUCAGCACUUCAAACGUCAAUGACAUCCUCAAUGCCGCCAAACUGCUGGAGAUCCCGGCGGUAAGGGAUGUUUGCACGGAUCUCCUGGACAGGAAGAUUCUGGCCAAAAAUGACCAGAUGGAUACAGUAGAUCAAAUUGAUCAAAGGAACCAUCUCAGAGCAAAAGAGUACCUGGAGUUCUUCCAGAGCAACCCCGUCAAUGGCCACCAAGGCAGCUUUCCGUGGACCAACCAAGAGUUGAGAGACCUUCAGAGACUGAACUUCCGAGGCCAAGAGGAAGAGGAGGAGCCGGACUGCAAUGGCAUGGACUUCUACUCUCAAGCCCCCAUAAACGAAAGACCAAAGGUGAAUGACUGUGAUCCCGACAGCAACCCAGCCAUGUGGUUGGACAGAGAAGAGGAGGAGGCCCCUGGGUCCUUAUUUUCACCUUCUCAGAACGGACAUUACAGCGGCCGUGGCCUGCAGACACCAGGAGAAGAGGAGGCCACUCCAGGGGGUCCUUUGGACCAGCAGGAAGCCGGCGACUCGCCCAGCUUCGUUCCUGCUGGAGCGGAGACGGAGGACGCUGAUGCGAGGGAGGUGGAUGGCUUGGCUGCUAGUAACCUGCUGCAGCAAAUGAUCAAUUCCGUGGGGAGACAACAGCUAGGGGAGGACGACCGAAAGGAUGACGACGGGGUCAUGGAUUAUUACUUGAAAUACUUCGGCAGUUCGAACGAGAGCGACAUGUAUCCGUCCUGGUCCCAGAAGGUCGAGAAGAAGAUCAGGGCGAAAGCAUUCCAAAAGUGCCCCAUCUGCGAGAAGGUGAUCCAGGGGGCUGGCAAGCUGCCGCGCCACAUCCGCACCCACACUGGCGAGAAGCCCUACGAGUGCAACAUCUGCAAAGUCCGAUUCACCAGGCAGGACAAGCUGAAGGUUCACAUGAGGAAACACACAGGGGAGAAACCUUACUUGUGCCAGCAGUGCGGCGCCGCUUUUGCUCACAACUACGACUUGAAGAACCACAUGCGCGUUCACACCGGCCUGCGGCCCUAUCAGUGUGACAGCUGUUUCAAGACUUUCGUCCGAUCCGACCACUUGCACAGGCACCUUAAAAAAGAUGGUUGCAACGGCAUCCCCUCCAGGAGGGGCCGCAAGCCCCGGGUGAGGGAGGCGGGGGGGCUGCCCACCCCCACGGGCAACCCCGAAGACGGGAGCUUUCCGGCCGGGGCGGAGAGCCAGGAGUCAGAGGACGCCGUGGAGAGGAACGGCCAAGAGCAGCACUUUGAAGAUAGUUCUAAUAAUGAAGCGUCGAGAUUGAAUGUAGCAGGAGGGUCGGCUGAGGGUAACACGCAAGGACUCUCCUAAACCAAAAACAAACAAACAGAGAAAAAAAAAGUGUCACAAAAUCUAGUUAGUACUUUUCCUCCAGUUUUCUCUUUAAAGAUGUUUCUCUCCCUUUUUUUAAGAAAAAAAAGAAAUAUAUAUAUAUAUUAUGUUUCCAAUCUUCCCAUCGUAACUAGGGCUCCCCUGAGGAUCCCUCAGUAGCCAAGGACCUUUUCUUUGAAAGGCAGUCGCUAGGAAGCGCGGGGUGGGGAUGGAAAGUGGCUCUGUCGCAUGGAAAGGAGCUUCCAUGUAAAUCCAAAGCUUUAUUUUGUGUCCAGACACACGUUAAAAAAAAAUAUUUCAAAGAGAUAUCUAUUUAAAAAAAAAAAAACGCAAAAAUAGAAAAAAAAAAUGGUAAGAGUUGAAGGGCUCUUUCAGGGCAGGCGGUACACACGGUGCCUCGGAGGGCUGGUCCGGGAAGGCCCGGGCGCAGCGAGUUUCCCCCUCCGUCCUUGCCAAGCUGCAGCCCCAGCCGCGCGCGGCGCUCCGUCGUCGGCGCGUCCUGGGCUGAGGAUUAGUCUUUGCAGCGCGCUGGACGGCUCGCUUUCGUUUCGGAGUAGGGAUGGGCCCUUCAAGCUAGCGCGGGCGCGAAACCGGCUCGCGGUGGCGAGCGGGGAGUCGGAGGCAGGGCGCGUAGAAAAUUGCCUAAUCAUGUGAGCGGACAAACAGGAUUUUGCAGGGUUGCUCUCGGCAGCAGGCACGAAACGCCCAGGCUGGAAGCCGCGGCUCCGGCCGUCGGCUUCGCCGGGACUCCUGGGUCCGUAGCCUGGCUCUGCCGCUGAAUCAGUGUGUGCCCUCGGGUCGAAAUAAUUUCUCUUGGGCAGGCUCGGCUGCCCGGGCCGUCAGACGAGGCUGCGUUUGCAGGCAGCUUUGGAGAUCGGGGGAGUCUCUGGCUCUGUAGAAAUGUGACCUAGUCUCCUUGGCAGGCAGAUGAGGCAGUGCAAGGUUUUCUGGGUCGAGACCUUAAAAAUGGUCUUUUCUGUACAGGGAUCUCUAUGCCCCCCCCCAAGCCCCCCCCCCCCAAAGGAUUUUUGUCUAGUCUUUAACCUAAAAUUUGCUUUUCCCACCGGCUGGGUGUUGCCUGCGUGUCCCCCUGCUCCGCUCCGGCCAGGCCGGAGGGACCGCGCCGCCCCGUCGCUGCACGGCAGCGCUGCAGCCGACCCCCCCCCCAGUUCCCGAAAACCCUCAGGGAUCGGUGCUCGGACCGCGGUCGAUCCAAGCAGGCCUUAAGCCAGGCGGUCGGGCCUCGCUGGCGGGGCUGGGGCAGGCAGCGGUGCGGGCCCCGGGCGCCCAUGCCGGGCUGCAGCGCUUCCAGCUGUCCCCGUCCGGCGGCACCGGGCCCUGCCGCCGCGCUCGCCCCGGCGCGGGGGUAACCGAACCCCCCUCCCCGAGCUCUUAGGCGCUCGGCGGAGAGCGGCGUUCCCGCACGCCCGAAAAAGCGCCGAAAAAUGGCCGAUUCCUUUCCGAAAAGGUUAUUUGAGGUCUCCCUUAAAGGGGAAGGAGGCCUCGGGCAGGGAGAGCAGCCAGUCCUUGACGCAGCCGGGGCGGCCGGGGGCUGCGGCGAGCGAUGCUGGGAGCGCGGUGCCGGGGCCCGUUGCCUCCUCCUCUUCCUCCGCCGGCUGCGAGGAAGAGCAGCGCCCGGCACCCGCUUUCCACACCAAAAAAAAAAAAAAAAAAGCCGUGGGAGCGACCGGCUGGGAGCUGAGGCACGUGGCAGGCGUCCGGAUCCUGCUCCGGUGGCCCCAGCGGGGCCGUUUCAGGCUGCUUUCGGGGCGGGGGGGAACGUGCUGAGCUCUGACUCACAUCGGUGCAUGUCACACGCACCCGGCAGCACGAGCCCGGGCAUCUCCCGCCGGUCGCUCCCAGCCCCCCUUCCCUAAAUAUGUAUAGAGAGAGUCAAUAUAUGGCUAUAAAGAUGAAUAUAUGGGUGUGUGAUAGCGCAUCCCCCUCCGGGUUGGCAGAGGAUGAUAGAAAAGGCACCUUUCAGCCAGUCACCUGUUUUCUAAAUGCACAGUUUGAAAUGAAAAGAGAUUUUAGUCCUUUUAUUUUGAAAGCACUUUUUAGAUUCUCCUUUAUUUUUUUUUUCCUCCUCCUUUUGGUGUUUGUUUUUACUUUCAAAGCAAGAGCAGGUUUGGCCGAAUGUAUUUUGGAGAGGGAGUGAGAGGGGAGUGUGUGAUGGGGGGAGGGCUGAGUGGUGGGGGUGGGGGAGAGAUGGAUGUUUAUUUAAUGCAGAAAAAGCAAUAAAAAUAAAAAACCAUUAUAAAAAAAUAAAAAAAAAACAAAGAAGUCUUAGCACUUUGCGAUGGAACGGGUACUUUGAGAUCACUUUAUCUUAAUUUAAAAAGCAAAAGCAAACCAUGUUUACAAGUCAAAACCAACUUCUACGGAAAAAAAAAAUUAUUAUUAAAAAAAGAAAUCCUAAAUUUAUUUUUGUAAGAAAAAAUGUGUAUAUAUAUAUAUAUAUUUAACAAAAAAAAAAAUACCAUAGGCAGAAUCCAAGCCGGAAGGUGUCCAAUGUGAGGAACGAUGCUAAUUAGGUUCUGUGACAUGCCCUGAAAAUAGACCCUCAGAAGUGAUUGCACUUCGCAAAAAAACGGAAGCUUGAAUUUUAGGCAGGAAUCAUGGUUUUGUUUUGGGGUUUUUUUUGUGUAUUGUUCAUUUCUCUCCUCCCCCCCCCCCUUUUUUUUUUUUUUCGUUUCUUAAAUGUCUUAUAGCCAGUGCUAGUCCAGACGUCUCUCCCAGCUCCCUCCCGGCGACGCUUCGGCCUGGGCCCCCGGCGGGACGGCAGCGCCCGGCCGGGGAAGAGCAGCUUUUCCCCCCAAAACGGUGCCCGCUGGGGGCCGGCGGAGCUGCCGGCGAUCCCCGCGAGUGGGAAGCCCUCCCGGCCCUCGCCUCCGGCGGGCUCUGCCCGUUGCGGCCCCUUUGCCGCCGGCUCCUCGAGGAGGCUCCCAGAGGGGGGGACGGAGACGGUUUGCGGCAUGGCGGGGUGCAGCCAUGCUCGGCCCCCCCACCUCGUGCUCCUGCCAGGCCGGCGAGCCGCUUCGCCCGCCCGCGGCUUGGCGCUGCCGGCGCUUUUCUGGCGUCGCAGCUCCAGGCUGCCAGCGUUGGGCGAAACCUUUGCCCCCCCCUCCCCAAAACGCAUCCUCCAGAAUUUGGCAUGGGGCGUUGAAGGCCGCUUGCAAGCUGCAGCCAGGUGCUGCCUGGGCCCAUGGCCCCCCCCGCCCCCGGUACUCCCACAACCACCUCGGCAGGGACCGUGUGGGGCCACCACGUAAACCCUACAGGCAGUCUGGGGCCACCAGGUCAACCCCACUGGCAGCUCCUCGUUGCCAAAACCGCCACAAGGCUCCAAGCUUUGCAGGGGGAAACUGCAAACCGCACCCCCCCCCCCCCCCAAUUUUGUGGGUGCUUCGACAGCAGCACAGCCCCCCACCUCCAGCUUCGAGGGCAAGGGAAAGGGGGUGGCGGGGAGGGGGAACCAGGUGCCGCGGCCCCGGGCGCCGCUGGGUUUUACCCACCGCCACUUCCAGGGCUGAACCUCUGCUUAGCACUGGCUACCUCUUGCAUAUGCAAAAAACUAGCGUGGACUUGUAAAUAGACAGUUACUUGAGGUUCUUUAUUGUAAUCAAAAGUUGUGGUAUCUCUUUUCUAGUUUGUGUUACUUCUUCUCCCCUUUCCCCAUCUCCUCUUCCCCUCCCCAGCAUCCUUUUAAAGCUUGUGUUUCUCUCCAAACCACCCUCGGCCACUUUGGAAACGAACCAACCUCCCUCAUCCCGAUGUGGACAGCAAAAAAAAAAAAAAAAGAAAAGAAAAAAGAAAAAAGAAAAAAAAAGAAAAAAACAAAAAAAAAAGGAAAAAAAAGAGAAAUAGUCUCAGGAUUCCCAGUGGAGAGAGAGCGUCUCCUCCCCCCCCCCCCCCCCCCCCCCCCGGCCACCCUGCGUGGCCCCAUCCCUGCCCGUGCACUAACCCCGGCCUCUCUCUCCGGCUCUAACCUCCCCUCGCCGGUGUCUCCCGGCGGGCGCAGCGGUGCCUCCGGCAUUGCCCGUUUGCCUCCGAGCGGAGAUGCCGGGCCGGGAGCCACCAGGUUUUUGCCUUGUGCAGCGAGCUGGGGGGGGGGGGCUCAGAGGCGGCAGCCCCCCCCUUCCUCCCCGCUGUCCUAGGUGGAGGCACCGUUUGCUGGCAACACUUUAGCACAAGCCUCGGUGAGUUUGCACUAAAAAAAAAAAAAUAUAUAUAUAUAUAUAUAUAUGUGUGUGUGUGUGUGUGUGUGUGUGUAUGUAUAUAUGAUACAUAUAUAUAUAUACACAUACAUAUAUAUAAAAACGACCCCUCCCCAGCCCUCCCCGAGCGGAGCGAGCCCCGGGCCCCGCAUACAUCUGCCUUAACCUCCUUAAUCCGCGUAACAGCCCGCGAGGGCAAUACUAGCGCAUGCGAGCCUCUCUCCGCGUUUCCCCCCUCCCCGGGAUUUGUAGGUUGUAUAUAAGCGUUGAUUUUUUUUUCUUCUCGUCGUCUUUUUUUUUUUUUUUUUUUUUUUUCAAUUCAGGUUGUGAUAAAGUGUUGCCAAAGAUACUGCUGAAUCCCGACGGUUCGGGAAAAAGAGAAAGCAAUGAGAGGAAAAAUAAAAUAAA